AUGGCCAAUACCUCUGAAAAACAAGCUCGAAUGAAUUCAUUGCUAAAUAGAAAGCGAAAAGCGGAGACCGCUAGUCAGGCUGCAGUUGAGUCUUCCUCGGGAUCGUCAUCAACCCCAAAUGAGAGGGAGCAAUCACCGACAAAACUGACGCCAGAAGAAGAGGAAAAAAGAAAAGCCACAGAGUUGAUUCUCCGCGAAGCGAAGAUGGCCAAAGAACGAGCGGAAAGGGUUGGACCUCAGGGCUGCAUUCUUGCGACUUUCAUAAUAACACUUACUUCACCUUUCCGAACUGUUAAGCCUCCAUCUGUGUUUUUUACUACAAGAAUCAGGUUACGACCGAAGAGCCUCAACACCAACAAGCAGUUCCUCCAUCGCACGCUUGCGGCUACCCUCCCAGAAAGGAAGCCGAAAAAACGGAAAUCGCCCGAAUAG